CUUCCUGCCGGCGCCGGAGUUUGACGUCACAGCGCGAUGGCGGCGCCGGGGCUGUCGAAGGCCGAGUACCUGCGGCGGUACCUGAGCGGCCCCGCCGAGCCCGCCCAGCCCCGCCGCCGCCGCAAGAGGAAACCGCCGGGCGGCGCCGGCAGAGGCGGGAUGCGGAUCGUGGAUGACGAUGUGAGCUGGAACAGCAUCGCCGCCGGCCCGGACAGGGAGGAGGAGGAGGAGGACGAAGGGGACAUGCCUGUGGUGGCAGAGUUCAUUGAUGAGCGUCCCGAGGAGGUGAAGCUCAUGGAGGAAUUCCGAACAAACUCCAAAUGGAAGCUCCUAGGAGAUGAGGACUCGCAGAGUUCGGAUAUUUCGGGACCUGCCAAGUCUGCCACGAGGCGGCGGCACCACGGCUCCCCGGAGCCCUCGGCCCCGGCAGGGAAACACAACGGCUCCGUGGAGCUCUGUGCUCCCCGGGGACAGCAGCAUGGCAGCCCUGAGCUGUCACCUCCCAGGAGACAGCGACACGACACCCCUGACCCAUCCCCUCCUAGGAGACAGCGCCAUGACACGCCAGAUCUGUCACCCCCCAGGAGAAAGCGACACGACGCCCCUGACUCGUCCCCUCCCCGGAGGCAGCGUCACGACACGCCAGACUUGUCAUCUCCCAGAAGGCAGCGUUGUGACACCCCGGAUCUGUCCCCUCCCCGGCGGCAGCAGCGUCAUGACACCCCUGACCCCUCACCCCCCAGGAGACAGCGCCAUGACACCCCAGACUCGUCACCUCCCAGGAGACGACGUCCUGGCACCCCAGAUCUGUCCCCUCCCCGGCGGCGGCAGCGUCACGACACCCCUGACCCCUCACCUCCCAGGAGACAGCGCCAUGACACCCCAGAUCUGUCCCCUCCCAGGAGACAGCGCCAUGACACCCCAGAUCUGUCCCCUCCCAGGAGGCAGCGCCACGACACCCCAGAUCUGUCCCCUCCCAGGAGACAGCGCCAUGACACCCCUGACCCAUCCCCUCCCAGGAGACAGCGUCAGGAUUUGUCACCUCGGAGAGAGAAGCCGGGGUCCCCGAGUGGGAAGAAGGGCCGGACGAAAGGACGGGCUUCUCCUGCCCAGAGGGACCAGCCCAGGUCCCGGAGCCCCCCGGAGCCCUCCCUGCUCCACCGGGAUGCCAAGGGCUCUCCCAAGAAGGCUGGCACGAUGGCAUCCGGGGUCAAAGCUGGCCUGGUGUCGGCUGAUGUGCUGCAGAGGGAGAAGCAGGAGCUCCGGAAGCACGAGAGGAGCACCAGGCACCUGGAAGAGGAAUCCCGGAACGCUCAGACCGUGUUCCGAGACAAGUCCGGCCGCAAGAGGAACCUGGCCCAGGAGCAGCUGGAGCAGAGGCUGAAGGCUGAGGCAGAGGCCAAGAGAGAAGAGCAAUAUGCCAAGUGGGGAAAAGGGCUGGCACAGGAGAGGCAGCAGCAGCAGAAUGUGGAGGAUGCAGUCAAGGAGAUGCAGAAGCCCUUGGCCCGUUACAUCGAUGACCAGGACCUGGACAGAAUGCUGAGGGAGCAGGAGAGGGAAGGAGACCCCAUGGCUGCUCUCAUCAAGAAGAGGAAGGCCAAGGAGAACAAGGAGAAAGAAAAACCCAGGUACAAGGGACCAGCUCCUCCACUCAACAGGUUUAACAUCUGGCCCGGGCACCGCUGGGACGGUGUGGACAGGUCCAACGGGUUCGAGCAGCAGCGCUUCGCGCGCAUUGCCAACAAGAAGGCGGUGCAGGAGCUCGCCUACAAGUGGAGCGUGGAGGACAUGUAGGGGACGUGGAGGACAUGUAGGGGACGGCUCCUGCAGUGCCCCAGGGCACCACUGCUGCCACAGCCCCGAGGAAUGGCCUGCUCUCCUGGAACGAGCCCUGUGCCUGGCGUUCAGCAGCCAUCUUCUGAGAGGCAAGGCUGGAUUUCCCUGCAGCCAGAGCCUCCAGCUCCCUGGGGAGGACACUGCUUUCCUGUUUGUUUUCUAACAAACUAAUGUUCUACGCCAAAUGACUUCUGAGGGCAGUUCCCAAGUCUUCAGGUGUCCUAAAUCUCAGGUGAAAAUCUGCUGAAUGCUUGGGCUUGGGAGAGGUAUCCUCAUGCAGUGGGUCACUCUGCUCCAGAACUCGGGUUAAGUGGAACUCCUGAACUUUUGUCAAGUUUAUGCAGCUUUUUUGCCAUGUAGAUCCCAGAGUCACCAACAUGCAGGGAAGUUCAAACUCAGCUUCUCCUGACUCUGUCCAAGCAGGAAGCUGAGCAGGGAAUGCUGUGGCACUGGCAGAGAGACCUGCAGUGCUGCAUUGGGCAGCAGGAUCUUCAGGAGCCUCAGCAAUUCUUCGGUGCUCCAUUUCUAGUGGAAGUCAAUGUGUGGAGAAUUAGGACUUAAGACCUGGAGUUGCCUCCCUCAUAGUUUGGAGCAGCUGGUCCCCCCAGACCCCUCUGGAUUUGGGGCUGAUCUCAGCACUUGGCUCACUCUGGUGGGAGGUGUAACAGCCCUUGUCCUGUGAUCAGUUUGGUCAGUCUUGGAGCUUCCCUUAAUCCCUGUGUGCCAGAAAGCACUUGUGGAAAUAAAUACAGUUGUUCUUGUUGAGGUCCCAGGGAGCAGGGAGGAAAUGCAGGCAGCAGUUUCCAUGGAGAUGCCUUGGCUGCAGCAGUGGGCAGGGCAGGAUCACUCUUUUCAGGGAUUCUCCAGCACUGGGGGGCCCUGGGUGGGAGGGAGGGACAGAGCACAGUCUGCUCUGGAGUGCCAGACUCUUGGGACAUCCCUGCUUUUCAUCCCUGUGUCUCAUUUCCAGCAGCCCUGGAAUUGGUGUGUUCACCUGUAAAUAAAACCUUUCUUUU